UAUCGGGGUCGUUAGCUUAAGUCCUUAGGGAUUAAAAGAUUUUAUUUAAAUCAAAAUUGCAGAAAAAACGCAGGGACGCGUCCGUUUCGUCCUUAGCUAACAUAUUUUUUUUUUGUCCUUAGGUGCUACGUGUCGGCAAGGGAAUGGUUGAACGGUUUUCUCUCUUGUUCUCGUUUCUCUCUUGUUCGACAUUUCUCGUCUCUCUCUUGUUCUCUCUGCCGGCGAUCGAAAGGGCGAUUUUGCCGACAACGGCGCAUCUCCUUCGUGACCGUUAUCCCGUCGACGAAUCUCCUCCCAAGUAGUUUCCGUCGACGGAUCUCCUCCCUCGUCGUCUCCUCUCGACGAAUCUCCUCCCAAAUCGUCUCCUCUCUACGGAUCUCCUCCCGAGGCAUCUCUCUGCGAUUCGAAGGUGAAAGGGUGAGGUGAGGUUCGAUCACCAGGAUUGUAUUAGCAAGGAGAUCAAAGAGAAACAACCAUUUCCUCCACAGUUUAAGAUUACAAAUGGGUCUUGAUUACAGCUAUUCACAACCUUCACAGGAUGAGACGUUUGGUGGGGCUGAGACGGACAGUGAGUACAAUGAAGUGGAAUCUCUCAUUCAGCAAGACCAAGCUCAGUUACACGAAGCUCUCAUUCACCAACAGGAAGCUCUCAUUCAGCGUGACCAAGCCCAUGCGUUUGUGUACCCUCCGCAGCCGGAGGUUGAAUUCGGAUUUCCACAGAUAUGCUACUGUGGGAGUGAACCGAAGAUAGCAACGUCUAGCAUCGAACCAGGACGCAGAUACUACACAUGUAGAAAUGCAAACGAUGGAGAGUGUCAUGUGUGGAAAUGGUGGGACGAGGCUGUAAUGGAGGAGAUGCGAGCUAGGGAUAGACACACACUUCAGUUAGCCGAGAAGGUAGAUUCUAUGACAUUAUUCAAUGACCAGGCUACUGAGCAGAAGCUCGUUAGAUUAGAGAACAUGGUGUGUGAGUUGGCCAAGAAUAAAUCAAAGUGUAGCUUAGAUUACUUCGUUCCGGUUAUGGUUAUGGUCUUUAUUUUCAUAGGUCUCAUCAUCGUAUUUGUCUAAUGUGUUAUGGUUAUGGGGAACUUCUUUGUAAUGACUUCGGGUUGGUGAUGUUAUGGUUAUGGAAACUCCUAACUAAAACUUCUUUGUAAUGAACUUUUAGUAAUGACUUCUUUGUAAUGACUUCGGGUUGGUGAUGUUAUGGUUAUGGAAACUCCUAUGCACGUUUUAAAUUCAGAAGAAGUGAACCUAAAAAGUAGUUGAAAAUGUCAUGAGGCAAACACGUUGUGUAACUAAAAAGUAGUUGAAAUGUUCACAAGACAAACAAUGGACAAUCACAAGAUUGUAACUUCAUGAACCUAUAAAUGUGACGGAUAUUCUCGUUAAAAUUAUAACUUCUCUACUUCCUUCUUAUACUAAAAAGAAAAUUACAACUCCUCUGCUUCCUUCUUAUAUUAAAAACAUUGCCUUCUUUUUUGAUUCAAAAUGGCUUCUUCUUCACAUUAUCAUUAUAACCAAAAUGACGAUGAUGAUGAUCCAUUUGAAAAUAUUUUUGAAGAUUUCUUAGAAAUCCCAAAUAUUCUUCCCAAACCGAGAGAGCGAAAAACACGUAUCUUUAUUGAGAGAAACCGGGAAGAAGGCCAGGACCAGCUUUGGAAUGAUUAUUUUAGCGAGACUCCCACAUUCCCGCACAAUAUUUUUCGGAGACGGUUUCGAAUGAACAAGACAUUGUUCUUGCGUAUUGUGCAUCGUCUCGAGCAAGAAGUGGAUUAUUUUAAACCUUCAGAAGAUGCAACCGGUCGGUCUAGCCUAACCGCGCUCCAAAAAUGUACAGCAGCUAUUCGUCAGUUGGCGUAUGGUGGUGGGGCUGACACCGUUGACGAAUAUGUCCGACUAGGUGAAACCACAGCUAGAAAAUGUUUGCACCAUUUUACCAACGCGAUCAUCCACUUGUUUGGUGAUGAAUACCUUAGAUCUCCUACUCCGGAGGAUCUGCAAAGACUACUUUAUAUUGGGGAACAACGUGGAUUUCCGGAAAUGGUUGGAAGCAUCGACUGUAUGCAUUGGGAGUGGAAGAAUUGCCCUGCCGCUUGGAAAGGAAUGUAUUCACGAGGAACCGGAAAACCGACAAUUGUGCUGGAGGCGGUUGCUGACUACGACCUUUGGAUAUGGCACGCGUUUUUUGGAGCACCAGGUACUAUGAACGAUCUUAAUAUUCUUGAUCGAUCACCUGUUUUUGAUGACGUUAUUAACGGAAUAGCACCACAAGUCAACUUCUAUGUUAAUGGUCAUCCAUACCAUUUGGCCUAUUAUCUCACUGAUGGGAUUUAUCCUGACUGGGCGACUUUUAUUCAAUCUAUCCGUCUACCACAAAGUGAGAAACAUUCAUUAUUUGCUAAAACCCAAGAAGCUGUUAGGAAAGAUGUGGAACGUGCCUUUGGAGUCCUGCAAGCUAGAUUUGCAGUCGUCAGAAAUCCAUCUAAUUUAUGGGAUAAACACAAAAUAGGAAAUAUUAUGAGAGCAUGUAUCAUCCUCCAUAAUAUGAUUGUCGAGGAUGAACGGGCAGAAAGGACACAAUAUGUGGUUCCUGGAUAUGAAGAAAGUGAAGAGGAAAGAUUUUCCGUCAAUAUGCCUUCGCCACUCGGUAAUACAAUGGAUCGUCGAACAAACGUUCGCAAUAGACAAGCCCAUCAUAAUUUAAAAAAUGAUUUGAUUGAAAAUAUUUGGACUAAAUUUAGGCAUCUUCCAAAUAACAUGUAAUUUUUAAGUUUUUGAAUUUAAUAAAAUGUUUGUUGUAAUUUUUUUUUAAUUUAAUGUUAAACUUCUCUUUUAUGUUUUAUUUAAAAUGUAUCUUUUAUAUCUAAUCACACAUUAAAAUAAAUAAUAUAAAAUAUGCUAAGGACUUUUUUUGUCCUACCAAUAAUCAACAAAAUUAAAAAAGUCCUUAUGCAUUUGUCCCUAACUAAAAAAUAAUACUAUUUUAUUCUAAGGACAAAAUUAAGUAGAACCAAUAAUGUUGCCCUUAGAGCACUCUUGAACUUCAUGAUUUGGCAGCCAAAAUUAGGUCCGUAACUAAUUCUAUUUUAUUAGCUUCAUAACAACAGAUAAUAAUAUUAUGUGUUCCUGUGAUAUAAUGUAUAUAAAACGACUAGACUAGAAACGAAGGCAAACACUAAAUGUUUUAAAUAAAGAAUAGUGCGUUUUAUCUUAGAUGCGACUGUAGCGUGUCUGCGUGUGUAAACCGUAUAGGUAAGAUUCACCAUCAUGCUUCUUGAUGUCCACUUACUUUUCAUGUUAAUCUAAUUAUCUUAAUAAAUAUUAUCGUAUCCAACAUAAAUCUUCAAUUAAUGUCUAGAUAUGAAAUCUAAUGUAUAAUUCAGUGAAAAAAAAGUCUAGAUAAUCUUGUUUUUCUACCAUAAAAUAUUAUCAAAUAAUUACAUUCAACAACUAGUUAAGCAGCUUAAGCUAAUAUUACUGGAAUGGUAUGAUAUAUCAAUGUUUUAAUUUAAAUUUGUUGUUAUGUACUUAUUAGUACUUAUGUGACUAUAAAAAAAGGUUUUUGAUUUUUUGAAUUUUUGUUCUUAUUUACGUUUAUAUUAAAGAUAUGAUGCGGUUGUGUUUAAAUAAAACCACCAUUUUAAUGUUUAAAUUUUUUUUAUCAAAAAAAUCAUUUGUGUAUGGUAAAUUGGGAACUAGAAAUAUUUUAGGAGAUUGAUUUGCGUUUGGAAUAUAUGAUGUGAAGUUAAUGGAAAUGGGAUGAAGGUAUGAUGUGAAGUUAAAUAAAAUCAGUUAAUAAGCUUCGUCCUCGUCAGAUUAGAUAUUGAUAAGUAGAUGAGAAUGAAUUAGUCACAAUUUUACUUUCAUUCUCCUUUUGCCAUUUCAAGACAGAGUAACUUGAAUAUCAUGUGGAGUGAUCAGUGCUGUCCCUAGGAGAAUCAAUAGAAGCUUGGGCUUCCGGCCGUAUAUCAGAAUUUAAUCGGCCAAAAAAUCUUAUAAGUCUCAAGUAGCCAAGUGGUUGUUGGAGCUGAACUGCGGAAGCUAGGAAAGGAGUUCAAUGUCUCCCCUUCUUAAAAGAUAUAUGUGAAAAUUUUAAAAUUAAUGACACUUAAUAAUUUUUAUUUGCUUUCAGCCUUCAUAUUUUCAAGACUGGCACUGAGAGUGAUAUAGUAUGUCAUACGUACCGAUGGAGGUCACAUGGACCAUGUCACCAUUGCUAAAUAUGCUGAAAAUUAGCAUGUUCCAUGUGAAAGUUCUUAUCCGUAACAAUUGCUAUAAUCAAAAUAUCAUGUAACAUAAUAUUUCAAUAAGAAAAUGUUAUCUUACAUGGAUCAUGUCACCAUUGCUAAAUAUGCUGAAAAUUAUGUUGAAAGUUCUUAUUCGUAACAAUUGCUAUAAUCAAUAUCAUGUAACAUAACAUUUCAAUAAGAAGAUCAUUAGUGGAAUAAAUCACUUUCGUUUUGUGGUAAAGUGUAGUGUUCGGUUUACAAGCUCAUACGUAGUAUAUCAAUUCAUCACUGUAUAUCAAUUCAUCACUUAAUGUAUUUAUUGACUUUGAGAAAAUUAAAAAAAAAACAGAUUAAAUAACCUAUCAAAGGAGAAACAGAAGACGUCUGGUUGAAACAAAAAAGUGUAUGAAAAGGAUUGACAAAUGAAAACCUAUUUGCAUCUUGAUUAUAGUUUCCAUCUUUCGUUUUUAGUCUCACUCUCUUAAUCAAAGAUUAAUUGACUGAUCAAACAAUUUGUUGCAUUAAAAUAUGUAAAUAAUUAGCUGUGGAACUUUUUACUUUAUGGAGUCUCUGUGGUUCUUCUACGGUCAAAGGAAGUGGUUCCAUCCAACCUUGCAGAUUCCUAAUUAGACGGUUAAAAAACUCGUUGCCAACCAUUCCUCCUCGUCCUCACUUUCUCCACUUUCGAAUUCAAAUAUAUUUAACUCAUUUUAUAAGAUGUCAACACUGUAGCCUGUAGGAGAAGAGCAUCUGCUUCAUGCUCCAUACAUAAGCAGUACAUCAGAAUCAGAAUACAUAUGCCGACAUACCAGAUUUAAAUAAGGCACUUACAAAAUAUUAUUCAAUCUUAAGAAUGCUGUUGCAAAGUGUAAAUGAUCAAAUCAGGGACAUAUGCGAAACUAUUAGGGAUGCUAGAGUAUGCUUUACUUCUAACAAAGAGCUUUAUUUCGUUGUCCUCUGAAUCACCAAUCAAAUAUAGCUCGAAUAAUAGAGCUUUAGUGAGUGGAAUACUUUGCUAAACACGGAAGAAAGGUUAUAUAUUAUCUGUUGUGAUCAUUUUGUUAAAUAUUAACUGAAACCAAUAAUAUGCCUAAAUAGAUACAAUUUAAUCACUAAAAUAACAACCAAGUCCAAACUUUUAUGAUCAUCUGACUGAAUAUAUUAGGUUCAAAGAUUUAUUCACAAAGCAUCACAAACACAAGGUCAAGGAUGCGCUAAUAAGUGAACGCAUAUACAAAUACCUAUUAACCAAAAAUAAGAUGGUCAAGGGAACAAGAAACAAAA